AUGGCUAUAAUCACUGUUGACUUUCAGCUCUGUUUCAUCUUCAUCUUCCUAUGGCUCCUCACGCGGUUUGGCCUCUCUUCUUUCUUCUUCAAGAAACCAAAACUCCAAGACUGUGAUCUACCUCCGAGUCCACCAUCUCUACCUGUCAUUGGUCAUCUGCACCAUCUCCUCUCUGUUCCAAGUCACAAAUCAUUUCAGAAAGUCUCUUCCAAGUACGGUCCUCUCCUUCACCUUCGGGCCUUUACUAUCCCAAUUGUUCUUGUCUCAUCAGGCUCCAUGGCCUAUGAAAUUUUGAGGACUCAUGGCCUGAACUUUGCAACCCGUGACCGUGAGGUUCCUAUAAUGGAAAAGUCAAUACUGUUUGGAUCAUUUGGCUUUAUCUCAGCUCCUUAUGGAGAUUACUGGAAGUUCAUGAAGAAACUAUUAGUCACCAAACUUCUCGGGUCUCAUUCUCUCGAGCGGACACGGCUCAUCCGUGGGGAAGAACUUAAGUCAUUCCGUGCUAUGCUUUUUGACAAGGCGGCAAAGAAUGAGGCUGUUGAUGUUGGUGAAGAGAUGAUGAAGCUGACGAAUAAUUCCAUUUGCAGGAUGAUAAUGGGGAGGAAAUGCUCUGAGGAGAACGGUGAAGCAGAGCAAAUCAGAAGCUUGGUGACUAAAUCACUCAGUUUGGUGAAGAAGUUCCUUAUAGCUAGCACGGUUGGUAGACUUCUCAAGAAGCUUGGUAUCUCACUGUUUGAGAAGGAAAUUAUGGAGGUCUCACAGAGGUACGAUGAAUUACUGGAGAAGAUUAUUAAGGAACAUGAAGAGAAUCCGAACCAGAAAGAGGACAGAGACAUGAUGGAUGUUCUGUUGGAAGUCUGUGCAGAUGACAACGCUGAGUUUAAGAUUUCAAGGAACCAAAUCAAAGCACUUUUUGUGGAACUUUUCCUUGGAGGCACUGAUACUUCAGCACAAACAACACAGUGGAUAAUAGCGGAACUGAUUAACCGCCCUGAGAUUCUUAAAACUUUGAGAGAAGAGAUUGAAUCUUUUGUCGGGAAAACGAGGUUAAUUCAAGAAACAGAUCUCGCAAAUUUGCCUUAUUUGCAGGCUGUAGUGAAAGAAGGGCUAAGACUACACCCGCAUUCGCCAAUCUUGGUGAGGAAUGCAACGGAAGGAUGCAAGAUCGGAGAGUUUUACAUACCAAAAAACACUACUAUGAUCAUAAACACGUAUGCAGUGAUGAGAGACCCGAAUUCAUGGGAGGAACCAGACAAGUUUCAACCGGAGAGGUUCAUGGUUUCUCCUUCAAAGGGGAUAGAAGAGAUGAGAGAGCAGCUAGCUGUGAACUACCUUCCUUUUGGGAGCGGAAGAAGGGGAUGCCCUGGUUCAAACUUAGGUUAUAUCUUCAUUGGACUAGCCAUUGGAACAAUGGUACAGUGUUUUGACUGGAGUGUUGAUGGAAAUAAAGUGAACAUGGAAGAGACUGGAGAUAUGACCCUGCGAAUGGCUCAUCCACUUAAAUGCACUCUUGUUGCUCGAAUUGACCCUUCAGCCAGCUUUGAGCCUGCAGAUCCGUAG